AUGAGUACCACAUACACCUGUGGUCCCAAUGAUUCUGCAUUAUCAUCAUGCUUGCUAUACAAUACCAUGACGGUAUAACUGUACCAACACUUGAAUCAUUGUGUAAAGGGACUACUGGCACAUAACUUUGCAAACUGUUUAUAUAGAUAGUGCUUUGAUCAGGAAAGAGUCUUAGCCAUGUUACAAAAAUUAUGCAGGCAUUGAUAUAACGGAAGAACCUUGCCCAAAGCGGUGCGUCUUGGACGAGUGCAAGUUUGAAAUGGCAGAAUCUCAGCUGGAGGAUCGCGAGCAUCAGGAGGGGUAUCGCGCGCCGCGAGUGGCACUCACAAUACGCGAUUUUCAUAUCCUUGGUCGUAUCGGCGAUGGCAGCUUCUCGACAGUUUUCUUGGCGCAACAAAAGCAAACGGGAAAGCAGUAUGCGAUAAAAAUGAUGAACAAACAUCUUAUCAUGCGCAAUAAAGUUGUUGAAUACAUCAAGAAUGAGCGCUUUAUUCUCGACAAGCUGGAUGAUGCCGGCAUUGCCAAGCUCCAUUUCACUUUCCAGGACCCAAACAACCUAUACAUGGGCAUGGAGUACUGCGCUGGCGGCGAACUGUACGAGCAGAUAAAGAGGCGUGGCGGCCUUCCCCUGGACGCUGUGCGAUUCUACGCAGCGGAGGUGGUGCUCAUCCUACAAUACUUGCGUAGCGCCCAGGUGGUGCACCGGGACCUUAAGCCCGAGAACCUGCUGCUGUCAGCGGACGGCCAUUUGAAGCUCAUUGACUUCGGCAGCGCACGUGCAUCCUUCUUGCCUCAAGCGGAGAAACCGCCCGGCAAAAAUAGGGCCACCUCUUUUGUGGGCACGGCGGAGUACGUGUCCCCCGAGGUGCUCCUAAACCAACCCUUGUCGUACCCUGCGGACCUUUGGGCUCUGGGCUGCCUGCUAUACCAGAUGAUCGUGGGUCGGCCGCCCUUCAAGGCCGCCAGCGAGUACCUCACCUUUCAGAAGAUCACCGACCGGGACUUCUGCUACCCUGAGGAGCCCGCCACGGCGGCGGCCCGCGACCUCACGGACAGACUGCUUGCGAUGGAGCCUUCCGCACGAAUUGGUGAGAGCUGCGCGGAGGACAUCUCCGAGCUCAAGGCACACCCCUUUUUCGCCGUUAUCGACUGGGAAACGCUGCGCUCCGGGCCUGCGCCGUCCUUUCUACCGCCUACGCCGCCAGGGGGCGCAGGCGACGGCGAGGAGGGCUGGGACUGGGAGCUGACCUCGCUAGUGCGCGACGCGGCCGAUGGGUUGUAG